UUUCAUGUGAACCGGGUCGGUUCGCAGUUUUUUGGUUACGAUACACAACCGGAUCAUCCCAAUUUGGUUGCCAUCCGAAAUAUGAUUCGUCGUGUGACUCAACUACGGCGUUACGAAGUACCACUGGAGGCUGUGGAGGCUCUGGUGCGCUAUUUGGGCUGUGUUCACAUAAUUGUCCGUACUGCCAUCAUGAUUCAUAAUUUGACGGUGUUGCGGAGGCAGCUGAUUGUUCAUUGGCGUCAAUUUCGCCAUUUUAUUCGAUGUGAUCGACGAUUUGGCUCACCAUCGUCACAUGUGAAUUGCUUCCUCCGACAAGAUGGGACAAACCUGCUGCCUGAAAUCAAUAGAGGAUCGACUCGGCUCAAUCGAUCUGUAAAUCACGGGGUAAAUCGUACGAGUAAAAAGAAUAAUCUCGAUGCCCUUGAAUGUGUGGAAGUUGGCAUGAUUGGAGCUAUGGCUCGACAAAAGCCAUCCUGUGUAGCUCAUUGGGUCACAGAGGUGCACAAGCCAUCAUACCACAUCAAUGUGCGGGCUCGUUGUGAAGGAUUGUCAGCAUUACGCUCAUAA